UAUUCGGACUGUUUCUCACCUCCAAAUUUCCAAAAUAAUACUCCUUUUUCCCGUCCAGAAGAAAAAAGGAACACUUCGAUUCUCGUCUGGAUAGAAACUGAUAAGCCCACCUGAGAAUCGAGUGGCUCUCACCUCGUUUCUUGUCUCAAUAAACCGAUAACACCCAUCAUCAUGGCUCCAAAGUCCACCACCAAACCCACCCAUCAUCAUGGCUGCACUUUCUAGCUCCUCCUUCCUCUGCUCGAAUUCUUCCAAACCCAUAUCUCCAAGACUCACUCUUUUCACUUCGACACUCAUCUUUACACCAAAGAAGUCCAUCUCCAUUGUCAUGGCCGCAACUCCAACUACUACUGCUGCUAAGGUUGUGCCCUCAGUGAUUGUUGGCGGUGGAAGAGUGGGAAAGGCAUUGCAAGAUAUGGGAAAGGGGGAUGAUUUGCUGGUGAAGAGAGGUGAACCCGUGCCGCUUGAUUUUGAAGGUCCCAUUUUGGUUUGUACUAGGAAUGAUGAUCUUGAGUCUGUGCUUGAGGCCACUCCUAAGUCUCGUUGGGACGAUUUGGUUUUUUUCCAGAAUGGCAUGCUGGAGCCCUGGCUUCAAAGUAAAGGUCUUAAUGAUGCAGACCAAGUGCUGGCAUAUUUUGCUGUAUCAAAACUUGGGGAACCUCCUGUUGAUGGGAAGACUGACACAAAUCCUGAAGGUCUAACAGCAGCAUAUGGGAAAUGGGCAUCUGCUAUAGCUACUAGAUUGCAUGCUGGAGGCCUCUCUUGCAAGGUCCUUGACAAAGAAGCAUUUCAGAAGCAGAUGUUGGAAAAGCUCAUAUGGAUUUCAGCAUUCAUGCUUGUUGGAGCUCAUCAUCCUGGGGCGACUGUAGGCGAUGUAGAGAAGGAAUACCGCUCUGAGGUGUCAAGCCUCAUUGCAGAACUCGCAUCUGCUGCUGCGGGGGAGAAAGGUAUAACAUUUGAAGAAGCUAUGGAGGAUAGGCUAUGUGCUUAUUCACGAGCAGUGGCCCACUUUCCAACAGCAGUUAAAGAGUUCAAAUGGAGGAAUGGAUGGUUCUACUCAAUCUCUGAGAAGGCAAUUGCCGAGGGGAAACCAGAUCCUUGUCCCCUGCAUACAGCAUGGCUCAAAGAGUUAAAAGUUGUGUAGGAGGAGAACUUUUAGACUGGUAAAUGUAGUAGUGAAUCCAAAUUCUUGCUUGUGCUUGUAACAGACUGACAAUCAGAAUUGAACUAGUUAUGCUUGCCAUGAUACCUUUAUAUGCAUGGUCAAUAGAAAAUUCAACCAAAGCCUUCUCCUGUA